UUCCGGCAGCUCGGCACUCCGCUGCUGUGACAGCUGGCUCUGGCAGGAGCUGUGCGGUCGCGGGCUGAGGGCUGUUGAUGGACUGUGUUUCCCUGCCGAGGAUAUUUCAGUGAAGCGGGUGUCAACACCGGACCCCAGCAGACCCGCAUCCCUCCCGGUCCGGCCAUGGACGAGCAGGCGGGCCCCGGUGUGUUCUUUAAUAGCAGCGGCAGUUCGGGCUUACCCGGCGCAGGGAACGUUAAAGCUCCGCAGCCAGGGGACGGCGGCGGAGAGGCGGCUCGGGCUCAAUACAGCAUCCCGGGGAUUUUACACUUUCUCCAGCAUGAGUGGGCCCGCUUCGAGGUGGAGAGGGCCCAGUGGGAGGUGGAGCGGGCCGAACUGCAGGCUCAGAUCGCCUUCCUGCAGGGUGAGAGGCGGGGCCAGGAGAACCUGAAGAAGGACCUGGUGAGACGAAUCAAGAUGCUGGAGUACGCUCUCAAGCAGGAGAGGGCCAAAUACCAUAAGCUGAAAUAUGGAACUGAGUUGAAUCAGGGAGAAAUCAACCCACCGAGUUAUGAUUCAGACGACGGGAACGACAACGAGACUCCAAGUCCUCCAAACAGCAGCCAUCAGCUCAGCUGGAAACAAGGACGCCAGCUGCUCAGGCAAUACCUGCAGGAGGUCGGAUACACGGACACCAUCCUGGAUGUGAAGUCUCAGAGGGUGAGGGCGCUGCUCGGUCUCCCCGGAGACUCAGGAGACAAACCAUCAGAGAAGAAAACCGAGCCGAUGGUCAACGGCACCGAGCCGUCCUCGCUGAAGGACAGCGGCAUGGUCAGUAAACCUGACAUGUCUGAUUCGGCCACCGUGUUGGAGGCCUUCAAGUUCAUCGAGAGCGCCGCAGCAGAGUUCAGCGACGAGGACGAGGAGGAGGACAGCGAAGGGAGGGACAAAACCAUCCUGGACUUGGCUGCAAUGGUGAGAAAGAAACAGUCGUCAACCCCGUCUUCCACGACCUCUGACCUCAGUGAUGAUCCCGACACAGAGGACGCGCUGAAGGGUUUCGAUUUCUUGGCGAGUCCAGAUGAGCUGGACGGAUCACCCGAGUCCAGGAGUGCGGAGGACAGCGGAGAGUGGGAGAAGGAAGAGCAGUCUCCUCUGGGUGAAAUGGCCUGGGACGUGGACCAGGGACUGAUAGCCCAGCUCAAGGAGCAGUACAGGAAGGAACGCAAGGGCAAGAAGGGGGUGAAGAGACCAAACCGGUCUAAACUCCAGGACAUGCUGGCUAACCUGCGGGAAACGGAGGAGCUCCCCUCCAUGCAGCCGACCGUGACGCCUCCCUCCCGGCCAAGCGUACCCAGGCUGAACGAGCACGAAGUCGGACGCCCUGAUGACGAGGCGAUGACCUUCCUGCCGUCGUCUGGGAAGUCAUUCAUUCUGGGCCGAGUGGACGAGGCGGUUUCUAAUGAGCUCGGACUGGGAGAACUGGCCGGGCUGACUGUCGCCAACGAGGCCGAAGGCCUGAUGUAUGACAUCGCCAACAACAAAGAUGCCCUGAGGAAAACGUGGAACCCGAAGUUCACCCUGCGGAGCCACUUUGACUCGGUCCGGAGUCUGGCCUUCCACCCACUGGAGCCGGUUCUGGUCACCGCCUCCGAGGAUCACACCCUCAAACUGUGGAACCUCCAGAAGACGGCGCCCGCCAAGAAGUGUGCCGCUUUGGACGUGGAGCCCAUCUACACAUUCAGAGCCCACAGCGGUGCCGUCCUGUGUGUCACCAUGAGCUCCAGCGGUGAGCAGUGCUUCAGUGGGGGGGUGGACGGCACCAUUCAGAGCUGGAACACCCCCAACCCCAACAUCGACCCCUACGACUCAUACGAGCCGUCUGUCCUGAGGGGGGCGCUGUGUGGUCACACAGACGCAGUGUGGGGUCUGGUCUAUGGCUCAGCUCACCACCGCCUCCUCUCCUGCUCGGCCGAUGGCACGGUCCGGCUGUGGAACGCCGCCGACACCUCGCCGUGUCUCGCCAUUUUCAAUGAGAGAGGAGAGCUCGGCGUUCCGACCUCUGUGGACCUGGUGAGCAGCGAGCCGGCUCACAUGGUGACGUCCUUCAGCACCGGACACAUCGGACUCUUCAACAUGGAGACGCAGCAGCUCGUCCUGAAGCUGGAGUCCGCUGGUCCUCCAGAAGCUCCCUGCAAGAUCAACAAAGUGCUGAGCCAUCCCACGCUGCCAAUCACCAUCACUGCUCAGGAGGACCGGCACAUCCAGUUCUUCGAUAACAACACAGGUAAACUGAUCCACUCCAUGGUCGCACACCUGGACUCUGUCACAAGUCUGGCUGUGGAUCCAAACGGACUUUACCUCAUGUCUGGAAGUCACGACUGCUCGAUCCGUCUGUGGAACAUGGAGAGUAAAACCUGCAUCCAGGAGUUCACCGCACAUCGGAAGAAGUUUGAGGAGUCCAUCCACGACGUGGCGUUCCAUCCCACCAAGUGCUACAUCGGCAGCGCCGGGGCCGACGCGCUCGCCAAAGUCUUCGUAUGACCUGAAUCUGGUCAGCUGACCGCGGAGCGUUGCGGAGAGGGAACGCCCUGACGCACCCGGCGUUUUUUGGACAGAUGGAGGCGGUCGUUUCCUCUUCUGAAGGCGACCCGACCGUCCCCUUUAAGGUUCUUCUUGUGUAAAUCCCCACCCCACCCCACCGGACUCAGGCUGGCCCGGGUCCACGAAACAAACCAACCUCGGCAUGAAUGAGUGAAUGAAAGGAAGAAAAGGAUUUAACACAGGAGGCCGCGGCACUUUCCCCUCAAGCUGGAAUCGUUUUCUUUCUCUAACAGGUCCAACCUCACGUGUCGCUCAUCAACCCCGAACUCACCGCAGCCGUCUGUCGAGUUUCUCAUCGUAACGUGCCUUUUUUCUUCAGAGCAUACUUUCUUUAAGAGGAUUGGAAGAUUUGAGAGCAGCAGAAGACAAGCCGUCAGAGCUGGAGAGGACUCCGUGCGGAGCGGAGGCCAUUCAGUCGACAAGCAGCCAAAUUGAACCCUGAGAGGACCUCAGUUUGGGGAUUUUUAGUCUCUCCUGUCUGAAGCUGUGUGCGCAGCCUGAAGAACACAACUUCAUUAAUCAGACUGUGACAGCCAAAUUACUAAAAAUGACAGUUUGAAAAGUGGGGAGAUCCGAACUGCCCGCUUCCUGGAUCUUUGUCCCGGCAGGCGUCGCCAUCUUUAAAGAUCAUUCUGCAGUUACGCUAAAGUCACAACGUCCGCCUCUGCUGCAGAGUCAGGGAGACGAGCGCUUCAAGUUAGACUGAUGGUUUUUGCUCGAGAACGUGAAUUUUCACGCUGGUGGUUUCUCACAGACCUCACAGGAAUUUCUCCUACAGUUCGAAACACACACAGAGUUCAUUUUGACUUUCAGUUCAGUGUAAGAAGAGAUCAACUCUGGGUUCCCCACAAAGUCUGAAAGCUCCCGUUUAAAUGAAAACAUGCUGUGGGCACCAACGAGCUGUCCAGCUGACGCUGACCUCAGGGCAGAGCCGGCACACGCCGCAGAGGUUGGAUCUCUCGGCUGGUUUGGGAACACUUGUGUGGAGGUUGUGGAGGAAGUGGCUGGAUGAACUAUCAUAAGUGCAUUAUUGACAUCAUAUCAGUGCAUCAUUUUUAAAACGUGAAACCCGACUUCUGUCUAAAACACAAGUUUCUGUCGUACUGUUUGCCACAUAAAAAUGAAUUAAAAGUUUCACAGUUACAAAGACCGAGCUGCUGGGACGAGUUUAUAGAAGAUCGGCAUGAAUUAUCCCAAACACAACCUGCAGCAGCAGAACUGGAAGUAGGAGCACACAGGUCAGAUCAAACUGCCGGAUAAGGUGGAGAUUACUCCAAAGACGACAAUGUGUAAAAAAUAAAGAACAAUAAAAGAUUAAAACGACCGCAGCGUCACAAACUGAAGGCUGACUGAAUCCCCGCUGCGGUCUGUGGUGGAGAGGCCAGCGUGGACCCCAAACACAUUCAUGACCUCACCUGCAGUCCCGGCAUGAACCGGGAAGGGCAGAAUCAGCCUCCCAGAUGGCGCCACCUGCUGGGAGCUCCAGGAACCGGAGCUGCUGCUGAUGGAUCAGCUGUGAUUUUUUCCUCUGCUUUAGGCUCCUCCCCCUCCUCUUCCUCACAGGUUGUUCAGUUUGGCUGCUUUUCCAUGUGUGACCCCCGCAGCAGAGCUUUCCCCUCCGGAAAUCAGGCAGAUCCGCCCGGAUCCCUCUGACUAAUCCCGACACAUGUUGUUUCUAACGCUAAUAAGCUUGUUGUAGGACACCUGAGUAACACCUGUGCCCCCC